AUGGAAUACUUUAGACUGGUGAGACAGAUACAACCUUCUUCGACAGAGGAGUUUGAAGAUCCCGAUCAACGAAUCCGCAUAGCUCGGUACAACGAGGAGGAUGUCAAUCUCGUAUUGGAAGGUUUUGACAAUCAGUUCCAGUACUUCAAGAAGCAGGUGCUUGACCUUGUGGAGAAACGCAUAGUUGACUACAUCGCCAUGUCUGAGUCUACGCCGCAUACAAUGUCAAAAGUGAUCAAACCACUCAUUGAUGAGAAUAAACAGGUGACUGUGCAUUUGGGAUCCGAUGUCGAGACUUUUGUCACAACAAAAGCUGAGGUUCCUGCUCUUUCUGAUGAUACUAUCGUGGAGUUCACAAAGCUCUCGGUGCCCUACUACAAUUCCAACAAUGUCCAGCGUAGAAAGCGACUUGGGAUUGUCGAAGUGAGCUUGCUUGAGAUUCCACAGGAGAAGGAGCAGUUCCAGGAUUUCCGGAUCGGGGUGAAGCUUGUCCAGUACAAGCAGUCUUGA